AUGAGAUGUGGCGGCUCAACGGAUCGUAUUGGGAAGAAGAAAGAAAAGGGAGAGAAUAAAGUGAAAAUGGGCAUUUGGGGGGAGGAAAAGCUGAGAGAAUUUAGAGAAAAAAUAGAAAACGAGAAAAUAGGAGGCUGGGAAGAGAAAGGAGUUGACACACUGCUAGAAAAACUUAAAAUAGCGAUAGAUAAGGUAAGGGAAGAGGUGAAACCGAGAGAAAAAGAAGAGGGGCUUAGGAGAGGAUGGUGGGACGAUGAAAGCAGGGAAAGUAAAGAGAGGAAGAAGGAGAGUAUAAGGAAGUGGAGGAAAGGGGAAAUGGAAAAAGAAGAACUCGACAGGAACAAGAGGGACCACGCAAGAAAGAUAGAGGAGAGAAAACAGAAGGAGAAAGAAAUUUAUAUGAAAGAGGUAGAUAAGACGGUAAAAGAAGAGAGGGAAUGGGAAGUGAUAAAUACGGAAAGAGGAGGAAGAAAGGUGCUUCGAAGGAGGUUGGAAAGACAGGUGGAAGAGAAGGGAAGUAUACCACACAACCAAACGGGUUUUAGAAAAAGUAUGGAAACCAUAGAUAACGUCUACGUACUCAACCAUCUAGUCAAUAGGAACCUUAGACGAAAGAAAGCAGAUUCUAAUUUUCCUGGUAGAGGAGAAAAAGAAGAUGAAGAAGAUGUUGAAGAAGAAGAUGAUAAGGAAAAGGAUAUUUACGAAAAUUUCAAAUUGACUCUAGAUAGACCUGGAACAGUAUUUAAAAAGAUUGCCAUGGGCCUUGUGGGUCGACUGCCAAUCACUACGUCAGGAAAUAAAUAUAUUCUAAAUAUUCAAGCAUUAAAGACCCUACACGAAUUACAUUAUAUGAGAUAUCCAGUAAAUGAAAAGGAAAUAGAACCAAACCCGAAUACGAAUAAUUCACCAACAGAUAACAUAACGUCUCAAGUGCAAGCGCACCCAUAUCCUUCUUCGCAACUUGCAGAACUAACAGAAUUUCAUACGCAACAAAACAGGGACCGUAAAAAGAAAAAGAUUGAAGAAGGUGGGAAGGAAGGAAUUUUCCUAGGUCAUUCAGUCGAACCAAAAGGGUAUAGGGUAUGGAUCCCUAAGGAAUGCAAAAUUGAAUCUACGCGUGACAUGAAGUUUUUUAAAUCAUCACUAGGUCCUUUUAAAAAUAGCUAUGAGGAUUUUCUUUCGGAAAAUUCGGAAUGGAAGGACAACGUUAAUCUUCCUCAUACGGUCAAUAUCGAUACUAAAUCACCUGAGAAUCAUCACAAUGGCGUUCCUCUCAUUAACAAAGACGAAGAUGAUGGAAAAAACGAGGGGGAAGAGAUCAAGACUGACGGAGAGGAAGAUGCAGCGGAGAACGAAGGCGGUGAGAACGAUGGCGCAGCGAAAGAAGAGAGAAGAGGUCCAGGAAGGCACGGAAGAUCCUGA